CCACAAACCACAUUCCAUCACAAUGCCUUCAGUCGGAAACCCCAACGGCCCCUGCAAGAACCGUCUUGCCGCCCGCGCCUCAAAGGCCCGUAAGGACCGACGCAAGAAGUCCCAAGCUCCCAAGGACAAGGUCGCAAAGGCCGACACAACACGAGGCGCACGAAAGGGUCUCUUGCCUACAAGCGGACCUAGAGCCAAGAUGAGUGCCAAGAAGGCGCGCAAGGUCGAGAAGGCAAUGGCGCAUGCUAUGAAGCGAAAGAUGGAGGCUGAUGGAGAGGCAGAGAUGAAGGAUGCCCCCGAGGCCGAGACUGAGGAGAAGACCGAGGAGGCUGAGAUGGCUGAUAUCCAGUGAGGGGUGUGCGAUGGUGGAAAAUGAUAGACAAAAACGAACGAGCGGACGGACGGAUUCACGACAAGCGCCAAGUCGGAAACUACCAGCGAUGCGAUUCUUGAAUAACCCGCCCAUGAUAGCGGCAAAGGGGGAACGUCGUGUCGAAAGAUGUAAAUGUGGUACAAGCACUUGGAUCAACCCGUGUCGAAGAUUAGCACGGAUUGAAGGAGCACUAUAACAGUGUACCAUUCCAUAUUAGAGACGCAAAGGCGCAUAUUGCGGGAAACAAUCUCCAGACAUUCCCGAGAAUAAUGAGCAUGACGAUUCG